CUGGGCUAGGUUGCCACGUUUUAGGCACUGAGGGGAGGCACAAGAAGCAGGAAUGGAGGAGGGGGACAUGGAGCCUGCGGACGAGAGAUUCAAAGAAAAGGCCUCAGACGGGGAGGAAAUGCUGCGCUACGAACAGAGAAUCACGGAGCUGCUGCUUACUAUUGCCAGCCUCCAUGGCAAAAUCGAACACCUGCAGCAACAGAAGGCCAGAGAGGAUGAGGAUUUUUCUGACCUGGGCUCAGAAUACACGAUGAGCCUCCCCCGGCGCCCUCAGCCUUUUGCAGACUUGGUCAUGACUCUGCCACCUCCGGUCCACGUUCAGGAAGGCAAUGGUGACCUCUUCCUUGAUGUCCAUAAGGCUAUGACUUCUCUCGAGAAUACUGUUUUGUCCUAUCGGAACCGUAUCCCAAGUGCAGAAGCUGAGCUGGAGGGAUAUGCCCGGGUGGCUGAGAGCCUGGAACAAAGCCUGAGGAAGUUCCAAGGAGAUGACAAGGACCUGUCCCCCCAGCAGUACAGUGAAGCGGAAGCAUCUGUGGCUGGACUCCCACCCGACGAGAUGAGCAGGUACAAGAGAGAAAUCGCCCUUUAUGAACAGAGGAACGCGGCCCUAAGGGUAGCUCUGGAAGGGAAAGAGGAGGCGCUUAGCACAUCGAAGACCACCCUCUGCACGUACCAAGAAGAGCGGGACAAGCUUCAGAGAAAGGUCAAAGAGCUGCAGGACUCUCUCUGUAAGGCUGAGAAUCUUGCAGGUGGAUUUACCAGCCCUGUUCAGGAAGGAGAGACGUGGAGGUUUCAGGACCCAUUAGCUGCCGCCCAGAAUUUCAUCCGCUGUAUUCAGGGUGCCUCCAGCGCCCAACCCAUCUGCUGCCUCUUCCCCCAACAGGUCCCAUGGCCAAUGGAGACCCACACAAAAGACACAGAAGCCCAAACCCAGCAGCAACAUGGAUUCAUCGAGAAGCUGAAAUGUCUCAACCAGCUCCUUUCAGCCACGCUGCAGGAAUGCAAGAGUGACUCGGAACACCUUAGCAUGCUGUUGGGCCGCCGAGAGUCUGAUACCACCGCCCUCCGCUUGGCUGUGCAGUACAGUGAACGGUGCUUGGAGGCUUAUGAGGUGCUCUGGUCACUGACUGUAGCACAGCAGCAUCCCUGGAAGGAAUCAGCAAAGAAAGGAGGUGUCUCCCAAACAGACCCGGAUAACCCUGGCAGUACCUACCAUGAGAUGAAGAUGGUGAUGGACGAAGCUUUAAGGUCAUGGAAAAGAUGCAAUGUGAACCGUGAAGAACCCAAGUGCUCCAAUUUCAAACAGAGCUCCCUGGAGCCAAGGGAUUUGGAGGAGGACAGAAAGGAGGUUUUGCAAGAUUACAUCAGGCGCCUGAAGGCAGAACAGGCCUCUCUGAAGCUCCCCACGCAACGGACACCUCCUGGGGCUGACUCUGCAGCAGCUAGAAUCAAUGCAGGGAUUGGAGCCAAAGUGGCAGAGGUGCAGAGAGCUUUGCACGGUGUUCUUCCCACAGACACUACCCAUCCGAAGAUGGACAAGCUGCAUCUGGUACAAGAAUUGCAGGCUACCAGGGAAGCUUUGGCUGACUUAAAUAUCAGGCUGCAUUUAAUGGAGAAGGAGAAGCAAGGCCUGGAACUCCGGACAUACACCUCCAAGGCCCAGGAGGCUGCUUGCUUGUUGAUCAUAGAGAUCCUGCAAGGGGACUGGGAGAAGAGCCAAGAACAGAAAUCGAGGUCUUCUGAUAGCAGCAGCGGUAGCAGUGACGAAGACAGCAAUCUAAGGGACUACGUUCCCAUAUGUAUCUCCAAAGGGACCCAUGUCCGUUUAGCUCAGGAUGCUGGUGGAAGACAACCUGUUACAGACCCUGCGGCACAGAUGUCGGAACUUCUCGAUACUUUGGCUCGGAACAGGGAACUGAACAAUCAAAUCCAGUCCCUUCUUGGAGAGCUGGAGGAGAAACUCGAAGAUUGCAAGACCCAAGAGAUACAACCGAUGGAACUCACAAGGGAUUUUUUCAAAGCACACAGUGCCCUGGUCCUUGCUUACCAGAAUGCCCGGAGGAAACAAGAAGCCCAGGUGCGCCAGCUGGAGACGCAGAUCACCUUGAUGAGUCACCGGCAGGCAGGGCAGUUGCAAUCCCUGAUGCACACCCUCCAGAGGUUGGAGAGCAGAGCGGAUGGCUGGACUCCCCAUGUAAGCUCGGCAUCUGUGGACGAGACAGACAGCCCCGCAAAAGAGGAUUACAGAAUCAAAACGUGCCUUGCAACGGAUGCUCACCUCAAUGUGAAAUAACUUUGUUGACUGGCUUUCGAAAGGACAGAAGGUGAGCCUUGCCGGAUCAAACAAAGGGUCCGUUUAGUUCCAGUGGCCUGCCUGGUUACCUUUGGCAAGUUCACAAGUUGGCAGUGAAAAGAGCUGGUGUUCCCAGACGUUUCCCCCCAGCAAUUAUUAUUCAGAUGUACACUGCCUCUGAACAUGGAGGCUUAAUUUGCCUUGAUAGCCGAUUCAUAGAUCCAUCCUCUGAAUUUCUCUGCUUGCCAUUAACGAUAAACAGCAGAAGAGCCUUGCUGGAUCAGAUCAAGAAUGCCCCUCUAGCCUAGCAUCCUGUCUCCAGCAAUGAGCAGCCAGACGCUCCAGCUAGAAGCCUGCUAGCAGGGUAGAAAGACAGCAGCCGUCCUUCACCGAUCAGCCUUUAGCAAUAUUCAGAGGUAGGUUGCCAUGGUUUGUACCCAACACCUGCAGCGAAUCAGAUCUUCCCUGCAACAAACGAAGCCCCCACUCGAGGGCGUCUCUGAACCAAGAGAGUGCAAGAAUCGCAUUUACUGUUUUCAUGCUUGUGUGUAAAUAGCAAAGAUCCUUU